AUGCGCUUCGUUGUAAAAUAUCCGUCAAACAGAGCAAUCAUACCUAUCUUAGUCUGUUCCUAUCUAUCUAUCUAUCUAUCUAUCUAUCUAUCUAUCUAUCUAUCUAUACACCACAUUUUAAAUAAAUUUGUAUUAGGAAAUAUUUUCCUAUCGGACGUUGUUUGUUUUCGAUAUUUUACUCUUCGCUUUUUUUUUCUUUUUAUUUUCUUUUCUUCGCUAUUGUUAAGCUUACCGUCAAAACGGGAGUGGACGGACAGUGUUUUAAAUUUAAAUUUUUUUCUUUCUUUCUUUCUUUCUUUCUUUCUUUCUUUCUUUCUUUCUUUCUUUCUUUCUUUCUUUCCAUUCAAUUGUUGCAUUUCUUUCUUUUUUCAUUCAAUUUAUUUUAUUAGCGUAUACAGUUUUAUUUAUUUAUUUAUUUAUUUUUAUUUGUUUCUUUUUCUUUCUUUCUUUUUUCUUACUUUUUUUUUCUUAAGGAACAACAAUAAAAGAUCUGCGGUCGACACUGGUCUAUUCAGUGACCUACACCGUGUUCUUUUGGUAAAUAUAAAUGCACUGUUACUGCGGAAUCAUCUAUCUAUCUAUCUAUCUAUCUAUCUAUCUAUCUAUCUAUCUAUAUAUCUAUCUAUCUAUCUAUCUAUCUAUCUAUCUAUCUAA